UGACAGAGGAUCCUCACAGCUUACAUGCAUCGUCACUGAAGUUUAUAAUUACGUCUCUGUUUGUCUAGUGUUUAAACCAUUAGCUCUCCAGAGACUCAUGCACGCUCAUCAACUUCCUCUUUGUGAAAAACAAAAAUACACAGCGUGAUCAAACAUGUAAUUACAAUUUUGAAAAAACAAAAUGUCAAAAAAAUUCCCCUCCACCGCUAAAAUAAUAAAACAUCUUCCUUCAUCUAUAAGAGAGGAAUUCACCCCAUUUUCAAAAAAGAAACUCAGGCCAUGAAUAAAAAUCCUUUCUGGAUAUAAUUCUACAUGUUAAAAAGAAUGCUUUUAUCAUGUAGAUAACAGAGAAAAUAAAGAAAUAAUUUUUAUUUUAAAAUAAAAAUCGAUGCUAGAGUUCUCUAUUUUAUUCUGUUGCUCUUCUAUACACACGAUGUUCAGACACUUAUACUAGAGUAUAGGAAAUGUCUCUCUUUCUCUUAGAAGGGACUUUUUUUUAUUUUUGCUUGGAUUUGCUUUCAUUAUCCAUAAAUGUAAACAAUGCCUCGGAAUCGACCGUGAAGCCCACAGAGGGGCCCCGGGACCACUUGCUAAGGGUGAUGUGCCCGUCAUCAGAUCCUCUUCCUCCUCGUGUCCGAGAGACGUCUCCAGUCUUCAUCAGACUCUUCUCAAGGAGUCCCGAAAGAUGCCACUGACAUGCGUUAUGAUGAUAAAUGAUUGUUCUGAAUGCUGUUCUGCUCGAGGAAUACGUGUUCACCUCAAAGUUUAAUAUAUAGUAUGGGUUUUAUCAGAAAAAGUUUUGGAAACUGUUUAUAAACUUUAUGACCUGUUCAACUUUAUAAAAGAACCCCUGGCUCCUCUGAAAACGAAUUAAAAUAAAACGUUUUUAUUUUAUUAUUAAUAUUUUUUUGUCCUUUAGAGGCAUCUGGUUGCAGGAUUUGACUGAUACUAACAGACCGUGAAGAGGAGGAGGAGGAGGAAGAAGACGAUGAGGAGGAGGAAGAGGAGGCGUCUCGGCGGGACGGAAAGGUAGCCCUGCUCUGUUUCUCCUCUCAAUGAGGCACGGAGCUCAAUUAGCAUUUCACAAGUCCCUUUCUCCUUUCUCCCGCUCUUCCCCGCGGAGCCGCUGCUUUCUGCGGGAUUGUCCUGCUUCUGGCCCUUGUCUCCGUUGGCAGGGUGACAGUAUUCGAGUGUGCAAACUUGUGCCAUUGUCCCCCGGCCAGAAGGAGCCAUGGAGACCCACUAAUAUGACACAGGAAAAUGUUUGCUGAUGGCAAUUCUAUGGGCUUUGUCUAACUCUUUCUCUUUCACGACGACUCGAUUUAAGUCUCAGAAUGUUUGACUACAAAUGCGAGAGUGCUCUCCGGCUCCUCCGCCUUUGUCCCGCGAGGUUUGAAUGAGUAAUUCAGCUUUUGUGUGGCUCGAUUGAGGGGGCAAACAGAAAGACAAGAUUCUUGAGCGCUCAGGCCCCCUUUCCAUGGUUAUGCGCACAUCUCCUCCUCCCCCGGACGGCGCAGCUUCAGAUCGGAGGAAAGCGAGGCGAAGGCGCUCCAGAGACCCUCGCUCCGAGACCAGCCCGCGGACCCGGAGCGCCGGUUACACCGGACAAACGCCGCCUCUGCCCGCGGUUCCUCGGGGAUUUCCAUGACGACAGCGUGCGGUGGCAAAGAAUCCGACACCGGGAUCUGAGCGGCGCAUUGUGAGGAGAGUGAGGGCGCUGAUUGGCUCAGGAGAGCACCGUAACUACACCGAGGCUGUUACGGAGGCCAGAGCUGGACAGCGCUCCCGAUGCGCGCCUGGCUUCAUCCUCGCGGCGGGUCUGUACGGGACUGAAGAUGUGCUGCUGAGGGGCGAGAGAGCGCGAUGGCGAGCUCCGACAGCGAGGUCAAGACGCUCCUGAACUUCGUCAAUCUGGCGUCGAGCGACAUCAAGGCGGCUCUGGACCGAUCCGCGCCCUGCAGGCGCUCCGUGGACCACCGCAAGUACCUGCAGAAGCAGCUCAAGCGCUUCUCGCACCGCUGCGCCAAGGGGCCGCGCAGAAGCAGCGACGCGACGCUCGCCGAACUUUCCGCGGAUAACGCUCCGCUCCGCGCCGGGGGAGACGCGCGUCUGAACGCGGCGGGGCAGAUCCCGAUGCGCGAGCGGCAGCUCCCCGCGUCCUUCUGGAAGGAGCCGCGCUCCACCUCCGGCGGCCAGCGUCUGGAGCACCUCCUCAAGAGCGACGCGAGCGGGACCGUGCGCGUCAGAUCGCCGGCGGCGAGAGCCAAGACGGUGUAUGAAGACUUUAACGCGAACGCGCUGCUCUCCGGUAACGCGGGGUGCGCGUGCGCGUGCUGCUCGCUCCCUUGCCGCUUUCUGCUCCCGCACGCGCACGAGCUCAGGAACAGCGCGACGGAGCGCGACGCAGAGAUCGCGCGCAGCUUCAUGGACGGACUGCAGCGCAGCGGCGCGCACGUGGUGAUCAAACCCAUCCCGACCAAACCCGCGCCGCACGCCUCCGCCUUCAGCGCGCUCGGCUUCAUCUAGUGUUCAGGCACGAGAGAACGAGUAGUGGAACGAUUUCAAUUACUUUAUUAAAGUAGUGUAACUGAUUACUUCUGAUUA